UCCAUAACUAUUUAUGUUCGCUUUGUUUAUUUAUCUCCCACGAUAUCUACAACUCCGUACACAAAUAAAAAGAAAAGACAUCUCCAAAAAAAUUGUAAGGUCGAAAAAGAUAUUCUUGAGAACAAUUAAUGGCUUCUGCUUCCCUGCCCCCUCCACCACCAUCCUCAACAUCCCUAACAUCGCAACAAUCAUCACCGCCACCGUCUCAGCUUCCCAUCCGUAAGAUGCCGGGAUCGUACGGUUUGCCGUUGGUGGGACCGUUAACGGACCGUUUAGAUUACUUCUGGUUCCAAGGACCGGAUAAGUUUUUCAAGUCAAGAUCAGAGAAGUACAAGAGCACAGUGUUCCGUACAAAUAUCCCUCCGUCGUUUCCUUUCUUAGGUAAUGUCAAUCCUAAUAUAGUCGCCGUCCUCGACGUCAAGUCUUUUAGCUAUCUAUUCGACAUGGAUCUUGUUGAUAAAAGAGAUGUUCUCAUCGGAGAUUUUCGACCUAGCCUCGAUUUCUACGGCGGCAUUCGUGUCGGAGUUUUUCUUGACACCACCGAGCCAAAGCACGCGAAGGUCAAAAGCUUCGCCAUGGAGAUACUAAAACGAAGCUCGGAGGUAUGGCUACGAGAGCUUCUCUCAAACCUCGACACGUUCUGGGAAACCGUAGAAUCCGACAUUUCUAAAAACGACGACGGCGCUUCUUACCUCAUCGGUCUCCAACGCUGUAUCUUCAACUUCCUCUCCACCGCUCUCACCGGCGCAAACCCUUCCGUAUCGCCGGACAUCGCCGAGAACGGUUGGAAGAUGCUUGACAAAUGGCUCGCGAUUCAGGUCAUCCCCACGACCAAGAUCGGCAUUCUUCAGCCCUUCGAAGAGAUCUUCCUCCACUCCUGGGCUUACCCUUUCUUCCUAGUCGCCGGAGAUUACCAGAAGCUUUACAACUUCAUCAGCGAAAACGCCGGAGACGUUAUCCGGUUGGGUGAUGAGGAGUACGGGUUGACCCGGGACGAGACGGUUCAUAAUCUCAUCUUCGUGUUGGGCUUCAACGCGUACGGGGGCUUUUCCGUCUUUUUACCGUCUCUGAUCGGGAGAAUCGCCGGAGAUACUUCCGGUCUCCAGGAGAGGCUGAGAACCGAGGUGAGGAAGGUUUGCGGGUCCGGUUCGGUUCUGAAUUUCCGGACGGUUAACGAAAUGGAGCUGGUUAAGUCCGUGGUUUACGAAACGCUGCGUUUGAAUCCGCCGGUUCCGUUACAGUACGCACGUGCGAGGGGUGAUUUCAAGAUAAGCUCGCACGACGCCGUUUACGAGGUCAAGAAAGGAGAGCUUCUCUGUGGUUACCAGCCGCUGGUGAUGAGAGACGCUAACAUAUUUGAAGAUCCGGAGGAAUUUAAACCGGAUCGGUUUGUAGGUCAGACCGGGUCCAAGCUGCUGAAUUAUCUGUUCUGGUCUAAUGGUCCACAAACCGGUACGCCGAGCGAGUCGAACAAACAGUGUGCAGCCAAAGACAUGGUUACUAUCACGGCUGCCUUGAUCAUCGCCAAUUUAUUCCUCCGGUACGAUAAAAUUACUGGCGACGCUGGGAGUAUCAAGACCGUUGUUAAAGCUACAUGAGGAAGAGUCAUUACUCCUUCCACGGUUUCGUAUCAUAUGUUUAUUAUGUUUGGAGUGUCGAAUAAGAUUUAAACUAAAAUAAUGCGAACUGUAACAGAAAUUUCCAGGGGUAAUGUUUAUUUAAUUUAUCUGGUAAGCGAUA